CUUUGAUAUUUUAUCAGUUUGUAUUCAGUUAAUUAACAAUAUUACUGAUUGUGAUUUUGUUUCCCAAUAAUUAGAUUAGCAAUUGUAAUUUGUUGUAGUAGGAGCUUUUAAGAUAAAACUAAUUUGUUAGCUGAUCACACGGUAGUCUCUCCAAAUCUACAAUUGGGGCAAUCAUAAUUUAACGAGCGUUUAAUGAUGGCGCACAACGGCGUUAAAACCGUGGAUAAAGCAAGUAACACGGAACAUAGAAAUUCCUAUUAUAAAACAAGUGACCAGGAAGGUAAAAUUAAAACAGAACGAGUAGCGAUCGAUACUGAAAGGGCAAGAUCGAAAAUGAAGUGCGCAUAUUUUACGAGAUUAAUCCGCUUCUUAACCAUCUUCGUUGUUGUUCUGUUCACAACUUAUGUGUGUUUGAAGGCCUCGAAACGUUUCAUCAACAAUUGGGUGCAAACUGUUAUUGAACACACCGAUAUGCACAUUGGUGAAAUACCGUUUCCCGCUAUUUCUAUUUGUCCACUAAUCGGCAUCAAUUGGACCAAAAUACCCGAAAUGAAAAUACAGUUAUUGGGUAAUAAUUAUUCUGCGGUAUUUGAAGAGAAAUUUGAUCGGCAAAUUCGUAAGCUAAUUUAUGCUCAACAACUGGCGGAUUUUCAAAAUCAUAGUAGAGACCUAGUAAAUGGGCGUGAGCCUCAAGAUAACGUAGUAUUAUUUGAAGAUGAUGAAUAUGCUUGGAAGCCUGAAGGUUCUAACGACACUUGGAGUGAUUUACAAAAAAUACUUUCCUAUAAUUGUGAAAAGCUGUUCGAGAAAUGUGUUUGGCAAAGCGUAGAGUUGCCGUGUUGUGAUAUUUUUCGAUACACACCGAUUUAUGGAGGUUACUGCUUUUCUUUCAAUAUGCUAGACAAAAAGAAGAAUGAGAGCUCACUCAGAACUUCUUUUGGCGUUGGACCUGGCAAUGGUUUGAAGGUUUAUAUUCGGAAUAUGGAAAAGGAUAAAUUUGCGAGUGAAAUGAAAAAGAAGGACAUUACAGAAGGAACUUGCAUGCGCAAAUGCCGCAUGAGAUAUGUCCACAAUAAGUGCAAUUGUACCAUAGCAACACAACCCAGUAGUCAAAACGCUAACGAGGCACUCAAGAAUACAACCCAAUUUUGCAACCUUGCAAAUGUCGGCUGUUUAAACAAUUUAGACGAUUUCAUUGAAUAUUAUUCGAGCAGAAAUCACUACGAAGAGGCUUUGUAUAAAAGCGGCUUGAAUUGUUCCUGCUAUCACAACUGUGACUAUAUAAAAUAUAACGCAGCGCUUUACUUAGAUCCUUGGGGUGACGAGCUUAACGCUAACUUGAGUGAAUUUCAAAUAUUUUAUCAGCAAGCGACUUUCUUUUCCUACCGCUCCGUAUUGGUCGCCACUUGGGUGGAUUUGCUUGUUUCCUAUGGCGGCAUCGCUGGUCUAUUUUUGGGUAUUUCGGCUAUGAGCUUAAUCGAGUACUUGAAGCGUUCUUGCGGCCGUUGGAAGCAGAGAAUUAUCGGCUUAUAUAAUUAUUUCAAGCGCCACGUUUAUUCAUUAUUGCACUAAAAUAUUUGAAUAUCGGCGAAAUUUUAUCUGAAAUGUAAAAGCUUUGUGUACGCCGUUAGAAUGUUGUGUUCAUUUGGUAAUCAAAGAAAUUGUACU